GGAGCGGCUGUGAGGUGGCAGAGCGCCCCGGACGCUGGUGCACAGCAGUCCCGGGAGCUGGGUGCUUCUAGGAACUCCACUCCCCCGCGGUGGGGGGCUGCCAGCCCGACAUCAGGAACAGCUGGAGUGCUGCCUCCCCACCGCCACCAGGGACAGGGCAGCAUGAGCCGGGCAAGGCAGGUGGGCAAGAUCCGGAGACGCCUGGAGGAUGUCAAGAGCCAGUGGGUCCGGCCGGCCAGGGCCGACUUCAGCGACCACGAGAGCGCCCGGCUGGCCACAGAUGCCCUCCUGGACGGCGGGCCCGAGGCCUACGGGCAGGUGCUCCGCCAGGAAGGGGAGGUGGACUUCCUGUCCUCCGCGGAGACCCAGUAUAUCCAGGCCCAGGCCAAGGAGCCCCCCUGUACGCCGGACACCCCGGGAGGGGCCGAGGCAGGAACCAAGGGGCUGGACUCGUGCUCCCUGCAGUCAGGGACCUACUACCCCGUGGCCUCGGAGGACAGCGAGCCCGCCCUGCUGCACACCUGGGCCUCGGCCGAGAAGCCCUACCUGAAGGAACGGUCCAGCGCCACCGUGUACUUCCAGACGGACAAGCACAGCAACAUCAGGGACCUCAUCCGCCGCUGCAUCACCCGGACCAGCCAGGUCCUGGCCAUCCUGAUGGACGUGUUCACGGACGUGGAGAUCUUCUGUGACAUCCUGGAGGCGGCCAACAAGCGCGGGGUGCUGGUCUGCGUGCUCCUGGACCAGGGCGGCGUGCCGCUCUUCCAGGAGAUGUGUGACAGAGCGCAGGUCUCUGACCGGCACCUCAAGAACAUUUCCAUCCGGAGCGUGGGAGCAGAGGUGUACUGCGCCAAGUCAGGCAGGAAGUUCGCCGGCCAAGUCCAGGAGAAGUUCAUCAUCUCGGACUGGAGAUACGUCCUUUCUGGAUCGUACAGCUUCACGUGGCUCAGCGGACACGUCCACCGGAACAUCCUCUCCAAGUUCACGGGCCAGGCCGUGGCGCUGUUUGACCAGGAGUUCCGCCACCUCUACGCCGCCUCCCAGCCCGUGAUGGGCCUGAAGUGCCCCAGGCUGGUGGCACCCCUCCCGCCCAGAGCGGGGCGCAGCCCCCCGCCCGGCCGCCUCAGCGGCAGCAGCUGCUCUGCCAGUGGCCGCCUGUCCUCCAACCCCUUCAGCAGCCCCUCCACCGGGAGCAACCCCCAGAACCGGAGCCUGUCCGUGUCCUCAGGGCCGAGCACCCCGCCGGCCCCACACCCGCCUCCGCCCCCCAGGCUUCAGCCCUACCACGGCCUUUGGGGGGCCCUGGCCCCGCAGGCCCACUUCUCCCCGAGGCCCCAGGACAGCCCGCUCGCUCUCUACAGCAAACUCGGCGCCUGCAGGGCCCCGCGGCUGCAGCUGGAGCAGCUGGGCCUGCUGCCCAGGGCGGCCCAUGUCUGGAGGCCGUUCCUACAGGCCGCCCCUCGUUUCUGAAGGGCCCCCUCCCCCCAGCUGCCCUCCCAGGACCCCUGGGGACCCACCUCAGCGACGGCAGCUUUGCUUCCCCUAGAACUGAAGCACCUGGACAGCACUGUUGCCUGUUCGAAUGCUCCCAGGCCUGAGAGCGUUCACUUGCCAACCCCACCCGUCCCUGGGUUCCCCUCUCUAGUUUGGGCUACGCAGCAGCACAUUCCAGAAGGUUCCAGGGUGACGGGGAUGGGGAACUAGAGGACAAAAUGGUGAAAGUAGGGCCCGUUCUUCCCAAGAGCCCAGUGCUGCCACAUGGCCAUUCUCGGACCCGCCGGGAUGUGAGACGGGGCGGACACGGCCCACGUUUUACAUGUGGGUGAACGAGGCACUGAGCAGCAGAGGGUGCGUGUGACCGAGGCACUCCCGUUUCCCGGUUCGCAGGAACAGUCUUCUCCCCAGACUCGGGAGAGAGAUCCGGGAGAAGGCCUGGGAACAUUCUGGGUGUUUCUGGGAGGGGGAAGGCGGAAAACUGGGUACCCCUUGGCCCGAGGACUUAGGGAUGAGGCCCCACAACUGCCACAACUGCCCCUGUGAGCCGUGUGGGGCCGGUGGACUCUGCAGCCAGCAGAGAUGGGGCAGGCCGGGCGUCCCGGGAUCGAGGUGACCAGGGCAGUUCCGUGCAGAGUCACUGCCAGGCCGACGCUCCCAGAGCGUCCGGAGCAGGUGCAGUUGGCCUCAAGGGGGAGGCCCCUCCGCCGGCCGGGUUCCUAGGAGAGUGCGGUGAGCAGCCCCCACUCCUCCCCACCCACUCGCAGUGGAUAAGCAAUAUGAGCAAGAAAUGAACCUUUGUAGUCCAAGCACUGAGACUGGGGGUGUUUGUUACUGCACCAGGACCCAGCUUCGCCUGACAGAUACGGCCGUGGGCGCCGGGGCUGGGCAUUCCCUGGUGGGACUGGAUUCCCAAGGGUCCUCAGCCUUGGGCCCUCGUCCCGACAGUAUGCCCACCAGGAGACCAGGCGGGUUUUACUUACCAGGCGAGGAGGUGGCUGAAGGCCAGAGCACGUCCUUUUCCAAGUUCCCAGUCCUCCCUAACCCACCUGUAGCUCCGCUCGGGCCAGAGUCACCGCUGCACCUGCCCUGGCAGCCUGCUCGCUGAGGGCCAUCCUGAGACACCCGCCCGCAGUCUCUACUGCGAGUGAAAUUAAACAACAGCAAUGGGCUGCCCACCGUGUCCCGGGCACAGCAACAGGCGGAGACCCCAACUCACAUGUGUCCUGGAGAGUCCCCGUCAGCUGCAGGUGACUCCCACUGAGCCAGCACCAUGCAACAUGAGGAGAGAAAUCUGUGAUCACCUAAAUCAAUAAAAAUGUAUUUAAAAAAUUAA